UAUUGGCGUCCCGUUCCCACAUUGUUUGCUCAUUCACACGCCCUGUCUGAUCCCGACAUCCAAUAUUUGGUAUCAGGAAUACGGGAUAGCACGUUUGCAGCUGUCAAAUCAAGCAAUACGCGGCGCAACUCCUACGUACAUUAUUAAUCUAAUUUUUUUCACUUGCAGUGCCUUUACUUGUGUUUUGUCACGUGCAAAAACAAUGUGAAAAGUGGUUGUUAAUAAUUUUACUGAGUAACUUGUAUCCUUUCUGACUCGUAUGGUUUAAAAAAUCGAUCGAAGACGCAAAAUAUGAGGUGUUUACCUCGAAGUGUCGGAGUGUUUAGUGAGGUGUCUGAUUUACGAUAGUGCAGAUUUACUCGAACACUCAAAAAGGAUAUAUUGGGAAAAGAAAAUGCGGAUCAAGAGCUUCACAGAUUUUCGUCCUAAUGGGCCACCGCCACGGCUGGGGCUGAAGGCGGCGAGCCCCGGCACCGACGAGGACUGCAACAGCAAUACCAGCCUCGCUGGCAGCCAGCAUUCUGGGCACGAUGACCUCGACGCGCACUGCGACAACUCAGGAUAUCUCUGGUUUCUCGACUAUAACCCAAUUUUUCGAGAUAGCACCUGCCACCACACGUCAGUUCUGUCCUCCGUGUCAGCGUCCUACAAGGGGAUAAGUGACUUGGCGUCCCGGUUCGAGUUCACGUCCCGCUACAACGACCUGGCGCGGGACCUGGACGCCAACCUGGCCGAGGCCGACAUGGAGAGCUUCAAGACCGAGGACAUACAUGCUCUGCUCAUGACCGCCAACUUGCCACACGACACUAUCAUUGACGACAGGAAUCAUGAUAGUAACCCCCGAGGCGAGAUGUUCGCCAGCGUCUCCAGUUCUUUAUUGGAACGGUUUCAAUUCGACAGCAGUGUCAGUAUCAACAAUAGUUUUCAGGGAGAAGAAUCCGUCGGUUCGAUCAACACGAUGUCGAUAUGCAAGUCUGAGCUAUUGUUUUCCCCCGUGAAAGAAGCCAUCCAUGGUGUCCACUUCAGCGUGGACAGCCUCGACUGCGAGCUGCCUACGGAGCAGGACCUCAUCCUAACCUGUCAAGCCAAUAAGGACAACUACACCAUCGCCUUCGAAGGCAGCCUCACCACUUAUUCAGAGGACAGCGAGUGCGUUGAAAUUCCGGUCAAUCACAAACAUGACAAACCAGGCAAAGAAGAUGAGAACUUAGUUUUAGAUAACGAUGAAAGAACGCGCAGGAACUUAGAAUUAUUAGAAAGAUGUAAGAAGAUAACUAAUAAGCUAACGACGUCUAUGGCAAAAAGCGAUUUAGGAUUAACUACUUGGAGUAAGCUUAAGAAACAAAGCAGUCAGUCACCCUUAAGGAGACACCCAUCUGGAAAUAAUAAUGAAGAUUCAAACGAGCCAACGGAUGCUACAAAUGAGAUGAACAACUCAGUUAUUAAGAGCCAAAGUUUGCCAAAUCUAUAUAGAAAAAAACUAAUGAGCAGUUCCAUUAAUUCAGCUGCUCUCAGCAAUUCAACGGUCGAUUCUUUCUCGGCUAACCAAAGACUAACAGGCACUUCAAUCUGUAUGAAAGUGUAUGACGUAUCACAAAAUCGUUCUACACAAGGAAGUCAACAUUCAGAACCCAUGAGCACUUCUUCGACGGAAAAUCAGACAUCAACUGAUAAAAGUCAACCCAAACAACAGUUCAAUUUAGUAAAAUUGUUCAUGAAACAAAAAAGUAUGAGCAAUGAUGGUAUAGUUAAUAUGGAUCAACUUGAUAGGUCUGAAUGUUGGCCGUCUAGUUCUGGUGGUGAAAGCGGAGAUUCUAUUGGAGAAACUAAAGUUGAAUUAAAAAUUAUAGAACGACCACAAGUGGAAUUACCAAGCAAUGUUGAGGAAGAUAUUGUUUACGAAGAUGUUCAGAAUCCUUACAGCAAUAAAGUAUACGACAACGUUUUAUUAGAAGAAGAAGAAACAGCAGAUGGAUGUAAACUAAGUGAUAGUGAAACUAAUUUAUAUGCCACAGUAAAUAAACCUCAUAUCAAAAGAGCAAAUAUCAAUCUUACGAAUAGUCCAUCUAAACUUAGAAGUAAUAGAAAAUCAUACUCUUCUCAAUCUUCUGCUACAAGCGUCAGUAUUUCAAGCUGUUCCGAGUCUGAUGGUACUCAAAUCACAAGAAUGAAUAAAAUUCUGCAUCGAGAUCAUUGUGAUCACAAAUCAACUUCCACGCACUUAGAAGCUGCUACUAUUGAUAAAAGUAUGCAAACUUCUAGUUUGCAAAUAUCAACGAUAUCCCAUGAUCGAGAAUUGGUUAAGGUUGUUGAACCGUCUUUUCUUCAAAAGCUAAAAGAAGGAGACUUUGAAAAACCAGUGUAUGUCUUGUAUCCAAGUUACACUCUACCAGACAUUAGCUUUUUAAAUGGUAGACCCAACAUUUACUUAAAUCCAGUACCAGUAAAUCUAUCAAAACCAAGCAAUAAUAAAAGAACCAGAUUACAAGGUAAAGGAAAGAGACCGUUUUCGUGCAACGAUUUUGAGAUGCUAAAAAAGAAAGGCGUCAGUCAUAUCAAAGAUUGGGACUCUUUAAACUUUUUGUUGCCUAUUGAAUGUAAGCAAAUGUUAUCAGAAUUGCCUGAAGUUAUGCAACACCUAAAGGAAAAAGAAGGAUUGAUAAAAUGUAGAGAUAAGUACUGCACUGCUGUACCUUCAUCUAAGUCCAAAAAUAGACCGAUGAGCUGUGAUUGCAAUAAUUUAGCGGGAAAUAAUACUGCAGUAUCUUCAAGUUCUAGUACAGCCACUCAACCAUCUUCCGGUUAUCGAGGCUCUUCAACUAUGCUAACUGAUUCUUCAGCUCAUAACAGUCCUGCACCCGCAGGUAACUUUAACCCUCUGUUUGUAUACCGUUACGAUAGUGCAACCAGCUCUGAAGCAAGUUGUGUUAAUAAUGAUUUACAAAGAACUAAUCCUGCAAUCCCAAAACGGUCUCUUUCAUUGGCAGAUCAGAAUCGAAUUGCUAAACAAGGUGAACUGGCACCCCCAAGACCACCACUACCAAAGAGUAUACUACGAAAAUCAAUGGACAAAACACGAAAAUCAAGUUCACAUUCUAAAAGAUACAGUAUGUUUGAAAUGGAUGAUUUUGCACAGGAUCCAGUCGUUGGUAUGACAGCCACAACAGAACACAAAACGAAACGACGUUCAUUGCAAGAACCAUAUUAUCUCCAAAAUCAUAAUUUGGACUAUAAGAAAAAUAAUGAUUUAGCAGCAAAGAGACUUUCACAACAGUUUCUUGAUGCAGCGGAGAAAGAUGCUGAUUAUAAUGAGUAUUAUCAUGACGAGGGAGUUGGUACUGAAAGUAGCUUAGAAUCAGGAAAAUCUAAUGAAAUAAAAUAUCAUAGACCACACACACCUCCAUUGCCUAAACCUAGAACAAAGAAAAUUGAAUAUAUGGAAUUUCCACCACCAAGUGCACUUAUUAGUAGUGCUGACUUGCAACAAUUAGAAGAAUUCUUGAAGCUUAGUGGAGUUCAAUGCCAAGACAUGGAAGCAUGGGAUCAAAAUCAAGUGCAAAAGGUAAGAAGCCAAGUAGCGAAAUUUUUGCAAAUGAAACGGUCUCAAGAAGAAAAUCAGAGAUCCAUGGAAUCUGGUGGCAGUAGUUGUAACAAGAAGUCUGUGAGCUUUGCGCACAAGUCAGAGGCUCAAGUUGAAGGUCAUCAGACGCAACUGAAGUCAGUAGAAGAAUUGAAAGGAGUGACCACUCCGCCCAAUUCACCUAAUAUCUCUGCAGUGAUUCCGCAGAGACUUUACCAGGCUAAAAACUUAGCUGAAAUACCGAUAUGCGAAGAAGCAGAAAUUAGUCCAGAUGAAUUCGGAAGUCCAGUUCAUCAAGAAGGAAGAGGGAAAUAUGAUUUUAUUGACGUGUCACAAAAAAGAGCUCUUGUUUCUAAUGUGACGGAUGCGGUUGAAAUGUUGAUCCAGCAUUUCUCUUCGGCCACUGAUCAAGCUGAGCUGGCAUUCUUAGGAGAUUCUAAACAGUCUCCAGCGUGUGCGAAGAUCGCAUUAAAUGCUUUGUGCCCUGCAUUAUAUGCAAUCUUCAGAGAUGGCCUCAAGGAAAAUAUCGAGACAUCGUUCGGAGCCGUAAAUAACUCAGUCUGGCAAAUGGUCGAAGCCACAGCGAGGCAAGGUCCAAUAACAAAAUCCCUCAAUGAACUGGUACUUAGAAUUAAUAGCGAAGACGCAGUAACUGAAGGGCUGGUCAAGUUCAAUGCAUUCAUUUUGGGCCUUCUGAACUCACAAUCAGUGGAUGCUUGGGUGUCGUACGUGCGGACUCGGGAAUCAAUUCUCGGCAAACACUACGGCCCCGACUCCAUCAUGCUAGCGGGCUGCGUGGGCGAGCCGCGCUGCCGGGCUCUGUUGGAUACCUUGCUGGCUAGCCUCGAGCCACUUAAACUGCUGCCCUUCUCCCUCGACCUCAUGUUCGAAAUGAGAGAACUACAUAGAAGCUUCAAGAAAAUCGAGAGUGAUAUGCGCGCUGCCAGUCGACCCACCUCGAUUAACACCCCGCCUCUCACACUGAACCAGCGGAACUUGCUGAAGUUGGUCCGGUCUAUGCAGUCCAGUGGUCUGUCAAGCGAUGAUUGUCAGAACAGUGUCAUAAUGAGGCACAAAGAGCCAAAGAAUAAGGAACCGUCGACCCCAGAUCUAUUGAAUGACUCAGCAAACGUGAAAACGACUGUUGAAAAGAAUAGGCCCCGGUCGUGUGUGAACCCGUCGACAAUUGGCUAUGAUAUGUGUCCGAACAAUAGCAGAAUAGAAUUGGAGACCAACAGAAGGUGGUCUGGGGUUCAGCUAGGGUCGAAAUUAAUGCAAGCAUUUGACCGGCUCGUAUUUGACGACAGUGACGACUACACAGAUAGUCUUGAGAACAACAAACCCUCGGUAAAGGCAGCCAUCACUGACACUAAGUUGGACUGCAGCGGAGAAGAGCAAUGGCGGCCAGGAUCAGCGGGGAGCGGCGCGAGCGGCAACACCGGCGGCGGCUCCGGAGGCAAGUUCCGCAGGCUGCAGCUCAAGUGGGAACUGCUCAGCAACGACCCGGGUACACCCUCAGGCGAGACUUCGCCAGCAGCGUCGCGCGGCUCUAAGAUCCCGCGGCCGGUGUCGUCGCCCGUGCGGCCGCAAGCGCCCGCGCUAACCUCACCGGCAAAGAACACUCACCGCGGCAUCCCCGUGGCGGUGCGCAAGGGCAGCUCGCCCACGUCGUGCGCCCCCCGCGCGCCCGCGAGGCCCCCUCUCGCCGCCCUCAACAAGCGGCCGCAGCCUGCCAACAGAACUCAGCCAGAGACAACGAUGAAGAAACCAGAAACAAAAGCUCGACCAAGGCUAUCCAUAGAUGUCACAGUUCCUAAAAACAUCACUGUUGCUAAGAAAUCGCCGACGUCGCGCGUGGACGGCGGACAGUGGACGCCGACGCCGCGGCCGUCGUCGCUGCCGUACGGGCGCGCGCCGGCCGCGACGCCCGCGCCGCGCCGCGCCGCGUCCUCCUCCGCCGCGCGCGGCCGCUCCACGCCGCCCGCAUCCGCGCACCACAAACACAAAUACGUAAGAACACUGUGGCACCGAUUGCCAUCAGAUUCGGGCCAUCUCGCCUUCAACGAGGGCGAGCGCCUGCGCAUGAUCCUGGAAGUAGACGACCAGUACCUGCUGUGCUGCCGCGGGGAGCAGAAGGGGCUGGUGCCGCGCGACGCCGUGCUGGAGGAGGCCUGAUGCUGGCGCGGCUGGCGGCCCAGCUGGCGCACACUGGCCACCCAGCAUUAGCUUGUGAUCUUGCUCAGUCAAGUGCAUAUCAUCUCAACUAUAGUGUUGCAAGUCAUUUUUUUCAAAUUUGAUUUUAGUGAAUAACCAAUCCACAUCAUUUUUUCAGGGCGUAAAUACUGAUUUUUUAAUGCGAACUAAAAAAUAUGAAUUUUAGUUAAUACAAUUUGUUAUUCACACAAUCGUAAUUCUGUUAAAAUUUACAACAUUAUUACACAUUUUAGUUCUACGUAUACGUAAAUGACAUCCUUAUUUGAAGUGUUUUGAUAUACAGUUGAGAUUAUAAGUAACGAACAAAAUGUGAAUGUGGAACUUUAUAUUGGUCGAGUGCGUGGAGUGCGUGAAGUGUAUCGCUAGAACCAGUUUGGAACUUUACAAUUUGAAAUGGACUCUGCUUUGUACAUAUAUCAAUUUAAGAUUUCAUGUAUACUUUCAUGUGUAAAAAGUUAUUUAAUUUGACGUUACCCUUUUGCAAUUUAUUUGUACUUUCGAAUACUAACAUGAAACAUCACUGCAUCUCAAAUUCUCAUUCGUAGUAAAAUCUAGUCUUACGUUUUAGUGAACGGGUCUUGGACUGUGUAAAUACUGAAAUUAGUUCGGUCGUGUGGUUCAGUAAAUGUGUCUCCAAUGGGAUGUGAUAUAGAUAAAUAUUUACAUUAAUCUAAGAGUGAAAUCUCGUACACAUAAGAACAAAAUUUAUCCAAAUUCAUCUCCGCUGAGAGAAAGACAUCUAUUUAUUUCAAUGUUUAGAUAAAUGUUAUUAUUCGAUGUGGAUUGAUGUCUAAAUUACCCCUUUAAAGUUAACGAAAUGUAUCAUAUGAUAUUGAAAUUUAGUGUAUUAUAGUAACUUAACAUAUAUUAAAUGAAUAUAAUGAAUCCAGAAACAAGAUCAAUAUGAAAUUUAAGGUUUAUGUAGAUAAAUAGUAAAUGGUGUGGUGCAGUAUUCAGUUUAAUAUAACAUUGAUCACGGAUACGUGCUUAACUCACGAUCUCAAUAACAGCAUGCAACCAAUCCUAGAAUACCUUCCCUCACGGUCAGUGGUCUUCAUAAUCUCAUUCGAAAUACAGCAGUAUUAGGCGGCGGUAACUAUCAUUCAUCGCUAACAUCACCAUUCCCUACACCCUUUCCUUAGGGCUCGCCUACAAGUUGAUAUCAUAUGGUGUUGGCGCUUAACAAACUGUCUUCAACUAAUCGCAUGCGCCUCUCCUCAAUUCAUAUCCUCAACCCAACACAGCAAUAUGAACCUUCGUUCUUUGACUUAAGAACUGCAGUUGUUCAUUUUGCCGCACCACAUUCUAUAAAAUACUUAUGAAAUUUCGCUUAAUGCUAGAAAUCUUGGUUGAUAUUGUAAUAAUGCAUAUCACUGCUUAUUGCGGAUAGAAGAGAAGAUAUUUUGGUAUGAAUUUGUAUUGCUCAAGUUGGAAAGACGACUUUAAUAUGGGAUGAUAUUCGCAAAAAUACUCAUAGUGUAACGUUUAUUGUACUCAUCAAUUGUGUAUUUUAUCGAUGUAGUCCUAAAUUGUACAUAUUACCUACGUAUUAUAUGAAAAUUAUUGUUAGUAGUGAAAUUAGAGAUCAAAAUUUGUAACAAAUCUUUGAAUGCACGAUACAGUUCCUCCUUUAGUCCGUCGUGCUCGAAUCAGCAUUAGCGAGUCUAGUGCUGAUUGCAGUUAACGAAAUUAUAUUGAAGAUGUCUUUCUCAAAGCGGAGACGCAAACUCUUGCCAGCUGCGAUCAAAGAAACAAGAGGCUUGUCGGCACGGAAAAUCUCAUUAUUAUAGGAUGGGCGACUGUUGACACAAAUUAGGACUGUAAAAUAGAUUAAUACAAUAAUUAGGAAUGUAAUAUUGCUGUUAGUAUUGUAACUCAUUAUCUCUCGUUUGUAACAUAGACUCCUCAUUACCACUUUAGAAAUAAGUAUUAUGCGCUUUGUGACUGAAUGAUGUGAUGUGGCCUUUUGUAUGUAUUAAAGUUAUAAUAAUGUUACUGUGUUGUGAGUGUGCGCUUGUUGCCGCAGAGGAGUACCGUGUAUCGUCUAUUUAACAUAGCAUUGGAGAAUGCUUCCACAAAUUAUUUAUGUAAUUAUAGUAUCGAACUCCUAGAUAGCCGUUGAAGUAUUAGCCGAGGGACACAUUUCAGGAGGUUUGCUUCGCGAUGCUUCCACGUAAUCGCUUGGCAGAAGCAUGUACCUUGCAGUUUAGAAACCUUUAGAGGAGUUUGUUAGUCGUAAGUUUUUAUCAACAGUUUGUAUUGUCGAAUGUUGAACAUGUUUUUUAUAAAAUGACAUUAUGUAACUCCUGCGCGUUCGUUUUAGGGUAUUGUUGGGUAGAUUGUGGCGAGUCAGUUGUCCUUAUCGGUACAAAGGUUAUUUUAUUAUUAUGAGUGUAAGAAUUUAAUUUAUAUUUUACGAUCGGGAUCAAUAUUUUUUUUGAGUUGAAAACUUUAUUUUCUUAAGAAAAAAAAUGAAAUGUAAAAAAGAGACUUUCGUUAACUUGCGAAACUCAACGAACGACUGAGAAACUAAUUCCGAAUAUUAUUAUUAAGUUUACCUCGAAAAUCAAGCUAUAAAUAUACAUAUAAUAAGUAUAGUAUUUCGAUUGGACAUUUGUCAAAAUUAUGUAUUUAAAUAUUUUAUUUGAGUUAAGUGCCAUAAUUUAAUGAAUUAACGAUUGAUAACUAUUAUUGUAAUGCAUAACCAUGUACACCAAUUAAACAAUACAAUAUAUAAAAUAAA